UUGAACGUCCCUUUAUCAAGCACCGUCAAAGUCGCUUGCCCGAGGACUUACAUGAGUUUUUCUGCAUUCCCUUUGUCAGACCAUUGUGCCUCUGCCGACCUGGCAAGCCAUCCGAAGCGCUCGCUGUGCUAACGUGAUGCCCACGCAACGGCAGAUGCUGCGCAAUGGCACGUGGAUCAUCCCUAGCACUGGUGAACGAACGAGACGUACCUUUACCCUGCGGCACCCUAGCUUCGAUGGCCCCAGUAACGACGAUGACCAGAUACGAUCCCUCACCAGCGCUGCCACCCUGCGCGACAAGGCUCGCAACGCCCUGCAUAACGUAUUUGUCUCUGCCAAUCUAUUAUGGGCUUGGUUCAAAUCUCCUAAGGGGAGGGGAACGAUAAAAUGCUCCAUUGCGUACUUGUUGGCCAGUAUGGGCACCUUCUGGCACCCGGCUGCUCAAAUGCUUGGACCGAUGGACGGUAAACAUAUCGUGGCGACUAUUGUCACAUAUUUCCACCCUGCAAGAACGGCUGGCUCGCAGAUUGAGGCCGUAACGAUCGCCAUUAUAGCUGUUUGCUAUGCCAUGCUCAUAGGAAUGAGUUCCAUGGCCACCUCGGUGCUUUUUGGCGACGUACUAGAGAUGGAGAAGUUCUCGUAUGCACUAAUUCUCAUAGUGUAUAUUGGCUUCGGUUUGGGGUUUGUUGGCUGGGUCAAGCAGAAACUCAACAACCCCUUAGUGAGCGUCGGUGCCAGUAUAGCGUCGAUCGGUAUUAUAACUAUCAUCACAAAAGAAGGCUCCGUUCACAAAGCUGUAUUUUCAACCGCCAAGAUCGUGCAAUACCUCAAGAUAUUGCUCAUGGCAGCUAUCAUAUCAACCUUGGUCAACCUCCUUCUUUGGCCUGUGUCUGCUCGGCAUGCGCUGCGUAAGUCGAUGCGCACCGCUUCUAUUUCCCUCGGUCGAAUGCUGUCCAUGAUCUCAAGCGGUUUCCUCAGUGGCGCAGAGGAAGAGUUUACUUCCAAAUCCUUCACGGACGCUUCGGCUACAUAUACGUCCACCUUAUCAAUAAUGAACAAGAACGCAAGGGAGUCCAAGUACGAAUAUUACUUAAUUGGGCAGGAGCAAAUAUACCGCCGCGACAAAGAAGUUGUGAAAUCGAUGGAAAACCUCGCCCAAUCUAUUGGCGGUUUGCGAAGUGCGGCUAACACCCAGUUUGAGCUACUCAAAGAAAUAGCCACUGGACCCUUAUCUUCUGGCAUACCAGCGUCGCCCGACACUAAUAUAUUCUCGCCUGUCUUCGCACGGUCAUUCUCGUCCUCAUUUAAGAACGCUAAUCCAUCCGGCUUAUCGGCCAUAGACGAAGCACUAGAUGAAAGAAGCGAUCGAGAAGAGUCUACACCGACCCCGAUCGUAGCGUCACCCCCAAGACUGCACAGCAGCGCGUCAGACUUCGCACCCAGGUCACCCUCAGAGAUAUUUGAGCUGUUUAUACGGCUUCUCGGGCCCUCUAUGAAAUCUUUGGUGCACACAAUGGCCGAGAUCCUCAAUCAACCACCAUUUGACAAACCUGGCUCACCUAUCGAGCUGAAUGAACAAUUCAAACAUAGCCUGGGUGAGGCGGUCAGCUUAUACAAUGAGUCAAGGGGUAAAGCACUGGAAGAACUGUACAAAACAAUUGAAAAUGCAAGGUCAUCAUCUGAGUCCAUACAAGCCGAUUUCGAAGAGGUAGCAGCCGCGUGUGGACAUUUCUCUUUUAGUCUCCUUAGUUUCGCAGAUGAGAUGAAGAAAUACCUAGACGCACUAGAGGAAUUGAAAUACACGAGUGAACAGGGCCAACGAACGUGGGGCUGGUUGAAGGUUUGGAACAAGAUCAGCGCGUUAUGGCGAUCGCGAAGGGCAGCAGAAGGGGAUCUCGAGAGUCAAGCUCUGAUGAAACCCGUCAAACGCAUGAGGCAAUCACAGAUGCCACAAGGAAUGCCUCAAGCUAUGACAAACCGUCGUGAGAAUCUGCGCUGGAGCGAUGCACCUGCCAAUGGGUGGUGGGACAGCUUUGUCCGGAACACAUCACCUGUUAUCUGGAGGUUGCUCAACUUCCUUGCGCGAGAUGAUAUUCGGUUCGGACUAAAAGUCGGUAUCGGUGCGACCCUCUACGCCAUGUUCGCAUUCAUUCCCGAAACAAUGGACAUUUACCGGCACUGGCGCGGGGAAUGGGGUCUCCUAUCCUUCAUGAUCGUCUGCUCCAUGACUGUGGGGGCGUCCAAUGCUACUGGGUUAGCCCGUUUUACGGGAACGGUCAUGGGUGCAACAUGCGUGGUGAUCAAUUGGUAUAUAGCGGAUGGAAAUCCCGUGGGUUUGGCUCUCCUAGGCUGGGCUGUCUCUUUUGGUGCGUUCUACAUCAUGGUUGAUCGAGGUAAUGCAGCAUUCGGUCGCUUCAUAUUGCUAAGUUACAACGUCUCCUCGUUGUACGCAUAUUCACUAUCCCAAGAUGUCGAGGACGACGAUGAUGAUGAGGGUGGCAUCCACCCAAGGAUCAGAGAGAUCGCUUUCCACAGAGUUGUGGCCGUGACCAUCGGCAUCAUCUGGGGCCUUAUAUUCUGUCGCCUCAUAUGGGCUUUGCCUGCGCGCAGAAAAUUCAAGGAAGGUCUGGCUUUGUUAUAUUUACAGAUGGGACUCAUCUGGAAGAGAGGGCCACUGGCUAUCCUGCUCCGCAACGAUGCAAACUUUACUAGCUACAUGAAAAUAGGUGAACAGGCCGCUAUGCAACGGUAUGCUGCACAGCUGCAGACUCUUCGAACUGCGGCGAAUAACGAGUACGAGCUUCGAGGGCCUUUUCCCUAUGAGGCGUACGGCCGCAUGAUGGCGUCAACACAACGUGUGCUUGACGCGUUCCAUGCUAUGAGCCUGGUGACGCAGAAACAUGGGCGGCUCAGCGAGGGAGAGAAAGCACUCCUGAACCACACAGCUGAGGAGCGAGCUCAGCUCUGCGCCCGUAUCUGCCACGUCUUCGAAGUCCUUGCGUCAAGUAUCAUGCUAGAAUACCCCCUUACAGACGCCAUCCCCAGCGUCAUGGUGAUACGAGACAAGUUGCUCGGCAAGAUCUUCCGCUUCAGAAAAGAGCACAACGCAGCGCUGGACAAGGCAUCCGGAAAGGACAACGCAGGGAACGGUGGUGGGCACAGUAUGCUGGGCGCCAUGGGCUCAGUCCCUGAUCUCGGUGACGUCACGCUCGAAGAGCCCGAUUACGCCCUGCUUUACGCGUAUGCCCUGGUUACGGGCCAGGUGGCGAAGGAGCUCAAGAUCCUCGAGAAAGAAUUGGAAGGUCUCUUUGGUCGACUCGACGAGGACGCAAUGCUGUUACAAUAGAAUAGAGGAUCCUUUUUUUUUCGGUAUACCAGGCGGUUCUUGAUCAUUUGGAGCGGCGCUCAUUGGUAUGGCGUAGGGUAAUAGCUUAGAUUAUCGUCGCAAGAAGCGUAAAUGACUACCUACCUACUAUAAUAUACUUAGACAGACUCUCGGGCUAUACAAAAAGAAUAAAACAUGACAUGGUUUUUA